AUGGCGUUCACCAAGACCGUUGUCGUGGCCGCCCUGGCGGUGGCGGUGUUCGCCCAGCUGUCUACCGCUGGCUGCUCGUGCGGCUGCGGCAGCUCCGACUCGAGCUACGGCUCCGACAGCUACAGCUCCGGUUCCGGUUCCGGCUCAGGCUACGGCUCUGAGAGCUACAGCUCCGGUUCCGGUUCCGGUUCCGGCAGUGGAUACGGCUUCAUCGGCGCCGCCGCCCGCCGCGCGCCCGUCGACGACUCCUGGACCAACAUCCCCAGCAACGCCAUCGUGACCAACAGCGAGUCCGCCAACGACUGCGUGCACCUGUCCUACGACAUCGAGGUGCCCGCCUCCCAGGAGACGAAGUUCGUGCCCAGCUAUCACAGCGCCAGCAUCGAGGUGCCCGUCCAGGCUAGGGCCGCCUCCACCUCCUACGGCUCCCUGCCCUACAGCGUCGAGGUGCCCGUCAGCCAGGAGCAGGAGUGCCGCAAGCUCAGCCCCCUGAACGUGGAGAUCGCCGUGCCCGUGCGCCAGCGCCAGGUCGAGACCCGCCUGCACUCCAGCUACACCGUGGAGGUGCCCGCCGAGGAGCGCGUCAGCACCCGCCUGACCAACCUGCGCGCCAACGUGGACCGCAUCGUGCUGCCCGCCCAGGAGACCUACUGCGCCCCCAACAACGGCAGCAGCUCUUCCUUCAACUACAACGUGCCCAGCGGCGUCAGCAGCGGCAGCAGCGGCAGUAGGUACGUCGAGGACAACGACGACGACGACCACGACGACGAUGACGAUGAGGAGGAGAAGAAGUGUGACGAGGACGAGGAGACCACCGUGGUCAAGGCGGGCUGCUUUUACACCGAGCAAGAGGAGACGGGUAGGGACAGAAGGAAGAGGGAUGUAGAGGCACAGGUGGGGGAGGCAGAGGCAGACUUAGAUGUAGAGGAGGGGGAGGUGGGGGAGAGCGUAGAGGAGGUGGUGACCACCGAGGAGAAGGAGGAGACUGUCGAGGAAAAGAAGGAGGAGACGGUAGAGCAGGUGGAGGAGGUCGAGGAGGGGGAGAAGGGCGAGGAGCUUCAGGAGGAGGAGGAAGUAGCCCAAGAAGCCCAGGGCGUCGAGGACGCGGCGCUGGACCCCGAGUUCGUGGCGGCGUCCGAGAGCGCGGACGGCGAGGACGGCGACGCCGCCGCCCUCAACAAGCGCAUGUGUAACUCCCAGAGCAUGAGCCGGUCCGGCGGCAGGGGUUGCUCGACGUCGGUGCGGAUGGCGGACGACUGCCAGCGCGGCGGUCCCACGCGCUUCUACCUCGACACGUACGACGACGACAACGCGCCUCGCCGAGCCUCUCAAAGCUCCACUUGUGCUUGCAGCGGGGGCCAGCAGCGCGACACAGCGCCCAGGGCCGGAGGCAGCAGGUGUUCCAUCUGGCGCCCGACAUCGUCCUCGUCAUCCUCGCGAAGUAGUUCUUCUAGUGGCGGAUGUUCCCGUGGGAGUGGGAGUAUGCGUGGGCCUCGUUGCCAGGGGCAGAGGCAGGGUCAGAGGCAGAGGCAGGGGCAAGGGCAGAGGCAAGGGCAGAUGCAGGGCCAGUGUGAGAGUGGGGCGCGCAGCCGGCAGAGCUGUUCUGGCGGACAGGGUUCACGUGCUUCCCAGAGGCGCGCUGGCGGCUCGGCGUGCCGGGGCCGCGGCGGCAAGGGCGCCGACGAGAGCCUCAUCAUCGCGCCGUACCGCAUCCCCGAGACGCAAGUCCGAGACCUCAUCGACAACGGGGGCUGCAACUGCGGCUGUCAGUCCUGUGGACAGCCUGGACGGCGUGGACGGGGUGGACAACGCGGCACGGCCUCGUCGGAGUCCUCCAGGAUCGUCAACGAGCCGUCAGACUCCGAGUCGGGCUGCUCCAGCGGCCGCAUCAUGAGCGGCGACGAGGACUACGAGUACGACGGCGAGGACUACUACGAUGACUACGAGGACGACUACGCCGGCCGCGACUACGAGGGCCAGGACGUCGCCGAGGACGUCGUCGAGGACCGCGCCGCGCCGGCCUCGCAGUGCAGCUGCAACUGCGGCUGCGACUGCGGCACGCGCCGCCGCGGCUACCACGACAUGGUGCGCGCCGCGCAGAGGGCGCACCGCGAGAACAGCGGCUGCAUCGGGGGGCGCACCGUGCUGGUGCAAAACCCGGAAACCGGCCUGGCCCCCCUCAAGCGGGACUGCCUGCGCGAGGACGACGGCCGCGACCUGCCGUCGUCAUCCUGCUCUUGUGGAGCCGCCAGGGACCUGCCGUCGCCGUCCUGCUCUUGUGGGGCCGCCCGCGACCUGCCGAAGUCGUCCAGCAACUGUGGGGCUGCCAGGGACCUGCCUUCGUCUUCAUGCUCUUGUGGAGCUGCCAGAGACCGAGAGCUUUCGACGCCGUGCACUUGCGGAGCCGCCCGAGAGCUUCCUUCAAAGCCGUGUACUUGUGGGGCCGCCCGGGAACUGCCUUCGACGCCAUGCUCUUGCGGAGCCGCCCGGGAACUGCCUUCAUCGUCAUCUACCUGUGGAUCCACCAGGGAACUUCAGCCGUCGACCUGUGGUGCUGAAAGAGACCUGCCUCCGUCUUCCUGCGCUUGCGGCGCGGCCAGAGACCUGCCUUCGACCUGUGGUGCCACCAGAGACCUGCCGGCGUCCACAUGCACUUGCGGCGCUGCCAGGGACCUGCCUUCAACUUCGUGCACUUGUGGUGCUGCCAGAGAUCUGCCUUCGACUUCGUGCACUUGUGGCGCGGCAAGGGACCUGCCUACAACUUCGUGCUCUUGCGGUGCUGCCAGGGACCUGCCUUCACCUUCGUGCACUUGCGGCGCUGCCAGAGACCUCCCUUCAACUUCGUGCACUUGCGGAGCUGCUCGAGACCUGCCGUCAACUUCAUGCACUUGCGGCGCCGCCAGAGACCUGCCCUGUGACUCCGCUCGCAGCUCGCCCACCUUCAUGUGCCCCAUCUGCGGCAAGGGGCUGCGCGCCGAGCACCUGGACCACAUCUGCAAGUGCAUCACGGAGCAGCGCGACCUUGCCCGCUCCGGCGACGCCUGCGGCCGCAGCGAGGAGCCGCGCCGCGCCGCGCCCUGCGAGUCCCGCGCCGCCAACAUGGUGGAGGUCGCGCCGCACGCCAUCAUGAUCCCCAUCCCCAUCAUGAGGAGCGCCCCCAUGGCCUGCCAGCCCAGCGUCCGCGCCGACCCUUGCCAGCCCAGCGUCCGCGCCGCCCCCGCCUGCGAGUCCGACGGCCGCAGCGGCCAGAGCGCCGAGGUCGGGUCCGCCUGGGUCAAGGAGUGGAUCAACGAGAUCAACCGCGCGCUCAGCAACUCGCAGCAGCAGCAGCAGCCCUGCUUCACCUGCGGGGCGCCGUGCGUGGACUCGUGCUACUGCCGCGGCCAGCGGUCGCCCAAGCCCGAGGACGUGCCGACCAAGGAGGAGCUGGAGGUCGAGGCCGAGAUCAGGGAGAGCGCGGAGGCCGAGGAGAAGGCGGACAUCGUGGAGGAGGCCAAGGACGGCGCCGAAGUGGUGUCCGAGGAGAAGGACGAGCUGAAGGAGUCGAGAUAGGCGUGCAGUUAGAACGUUGCCAAGCCCCCUGCCUCUUUGCUCUGUGUUGUCCCAUGUGUUUGCCUUAAUUUAUUUGUGUUAAUCUUAAUUUAUUGAUGUGUUCAUUGUUCAUCUCAAAAUUUCAGUCAUUUGUCGUGUUCAUGAUUCUCAAUCACAUUGUCAUUGUCACCGCUUCGCAACAUGUCAUACCACCCCAACCAUUUCAUGUGCAAA